AUGUUGAGUCCAAACAACACUAUGGAUGUGUCUUCAUCGAACCAUGAUGUUCAAUCCCAACCAAUUGUUGUUGUUGAUGAGAAAUAUAUGGCUGUCAAAAGUCAUGAAAAUUCUCAAAAUCAGAACAUCUCAGCCCAAGGUUUCGUUCUCGAUCAACAUUCCAACACAAACCACAAACUCUCUACCACACGUACCUCCAAAAGUGCUCACUCUAUUAACUCCAAUCUUGUUAUACCACCAAGUACCUAUCCUCCAACAAUCCACUCUCAAGACUCAGCUGCCGACUGUCAUACCCCUAAUUUGGAACCUCAUGUGCAGCUUGCGAAAAUUGUAAAAAACAUUCAGAGAGGCGUCAAAAGAAAUUUACUUUGUAAAAAUCCACACAAAAUGAAAGCCAAAUUACUUUCACAGAGUAGAAGAAGACUUGGAGAAGAUUUCUUGACUCAAGACUCGAUCAUGAAUGAUGAAGAGAAUAUUGUUGAAGGAAAGGGAAAGGAUGGACAAGAUUUUGAAGAACGACAACUGACAGUUGCAGGUACGGGCCAAUCCUUCUGUGCCGCCUCUUCGUCUUCCUCCUUCGAAAGCAUCGAGAUUGAUGCUCAGGCUUCUGAUGAAGAGUAUUCCUCGUUAUUGAUGGAUCACGACAAUGAUUUGUACUCGAUCGAUCCAGAAAGAAAAUCUAACAAGUUGAAUUCAAUUUCCAAAAAUGGUUCGACCCAAAGAGUUAUUAGCCGCGGCUCUUCCCAAGAGAGAUUCGAACAACAACAACAAGGACAAAUGGAUGAAGACCAAGUCUUGGAUCCAUCCAUGUUGUUGUUAUUAUCCAGGAACGAACAAGAUCACUCUGAUGUCUUGAUGAAUGACAGUUUUGAUCUCCACGCUGUAGAUUUACUUGAUCCUCAACCACCACUCAAGAACAAUGCUCGCUCCUCAAUUUUUUCUACACCUUCCAAAUGGAUGAACACUCUUUCUCUCUUACCUGACAAGGAAUUUUUCGAACACUUGUUCACCAAACAAGAACGUUUUCUUCCCAACUCGAACUAUCUGGAACCACUGAGAGAGAGCUCUGGAAACCACAAAUCUCACGUGAAUAUCAGUGCCAAAAAUCGAUUGACUUUGAACGAUUGGUUGUGUGAACUUGUUGCUCAUUUCACACUUCCUCCCGAGGCAAAAUAUUUUUGUGUCAAUGUAUUAGACCGAGCACUUUCCAAAUUUGCACAAUUUGGAACAGGAGUUCAGGACUUGGAGAUUUCAACUCGGAAUUUGCAAGCUUUGGGAAGUUGUUGUUUUUUCAUUACGGCCAAGUAUUUUGGAAGAGAUGACAUUCGAUUGAUGCAUUUGGUAGGUGAGAAUGAUGAGAGAGCGAAAAAGGAAAUUGUGUUUUUGGAACGAUUGGUGUUGGAUGUGCUUGGAUUUGAGUUGUGUUCAGUGACUACUGUUGAUUUCAUGUUCCUUUUUAUGCAAUUGAUGGAAGAUUAUGAAUUGACAAGUGUCAGCAGCUCAAUGACUUGCGACAUGAAAGAAGAAUUAUCUCAACUCUUGUUCUACAUUGGAGACGUCCAAUUGCUCUGCUAUGAUUUACUCGAAUUUAAACCUUCCUUAUUGGCUCUCUGUGCUCUUGUUCUCUCUUUGCAUGAAUUAGAAAUUGAUUACAAAAAUUUAACAAUUUUGAGAAUUCUCAUUUCCACUCAACUUCAAUAUGGCACCUUGACCUGUUCAUUGGCUCCUUCUUCCUCUGAAGAAAGUUAUGAAAAGAAUUUAAAUGCAUUCAAUGAUUGUUUACAACGUUUGAAGGAUUACUCGAUGAGAGUUCUUAGAGGUCCGAAUUCGAGAGUUGGAAUUCCCAAAUCGAAGGAACAAUCAUACUUUGUUUGUCAACAUCAUUUGAAAAUUGCUGAAAAGUAUUUCAAUUGGCAACGUCAACAGCAGCAACAAGAGAAAGCCGCCAAUGGUAAUGCCCUCAUGCUUACCCUUGAGGAAUUUCUUAAUUGGAAAUGUGAAUGA